AUGGCAUCAAACUCAGAAUAUUGUUCUUCAGAUUCUGAUGAUGACGAGACGGAAAAGCAACGUGAAUUAAAUGUGAUCAUUUUCGGCGAAUCAGGCGUCGGUAAAAGUGCACUAAUUAAUCAAAUUUUUGAUAAAAACGUUGUCGAAGCAAGUAAUAGCGCCGUGGGAUGUACGAUCACGAGUGCCAAAGUUUCGGGAACAUUGAAAGAGUACCCUCAUCUGAAAUUCAAUGUAUAUGAUACUGCUGGUCUUUCAGAAAGUGGCGGUGAUGCUUUUGUUCAAAUAGUUAAACUUGCAUAUUCCAUUCCAAAUGGUAUUAAUUUAUUAAUCUGCUGUGCUGAAAAAGGACUUUUGUCUGGUGAACGAUUUAAAGCCAAUUAUCGUAUAUUUAUAGAAGAAUUAUGCGAAAAGCGAAUGCCUUGCUUGUUGGUAGUAACAAAAUGUGAUAACGAUCAUCCACUCAAUACAUGGUGGAAUGACAAUGAAGACAUUGUCCGUAAGCAAUUGAAAUUUGGAUUUAUCGACUGUGUUUGUGUAUCUACCCUUAAAACAACCAGAAGAAUACCAAAUGAUACUCUCGAAGAUUACAUAGAAUCAAGGAGUAAUUUGGUUCAAGCUAUUUUGAAAUGCUCACUUUCCGAACCAAUGCCAGUGGAUUCAUGGAAACGUACAGCUCGUUCUUAUGCACAAUCGUUUUUCAGUAGGACACGUGACUUGCUCAGUUUCGAAGAGAGCUCGUUAUGGCCUGAACUAGAAAGAAUGUUUAUUGAACUCGGCUAUUCACCCGACAAUGCGAAAAGCGAAGCUAAACAAUUUUUGAAAGAUUUACAAGAACCCAAUUUGAUGGUUCCCUAUGAAGUCGUGGAUGUCUAA